AUGAAUAACAAUCAAAACGAAGAUUCCGUUCCUGUUCCUUGUUUGUGGUUUUUUUGCCAUGAUUUUGUUCUUGACACUCUUGUUCCUGUAACUCCUAAGAGGUCAUUAGAUGGGUUCGUUCCAAAUUGGAAUGCGAAGUUCUGCAUUAAUAGAAACGUCAUGUGGAUAUCUACUUCAAGAAUUGCAGGCAAGACUGCCUCUUGGAAAUUUUGGAUUAUGAUCUGGGAUGAAGUUGGAGAAGAUCAGUUUGAAAGAGAGAAGGUUUUGCUGGAUUUAGAACAAGAAUGCUUAGAGGUUUAUAGGAGAAAAGUUGACAAUGCAAACAUAUCAAGAGCUCGCCUGCAUCAAGAGCUGGCAGAAUCUGAAGCUGAAUUCACGCAUCUUCUUCUGUCACUUGGUGAACGAUCACUCCCAGGACGGCCAGAAAGGAUGUCAGGAACGCUGAAGGAGCAGCUAGAUGCAAUCACCCCAGCUCUAAGGGAGAUGCGUCUGAGAAAAGAAGAGAGAGUGAAUCAAUUUAGAUCUGUGCAAGGGCAAAUUCAAAAAAUUUCUGCAGAAAUUGCAGGUCAAUCAGUUUAUGAUGACUCGAUAACAAAUGUCAUGGUGAACGAGAAUGAUCUUUCAUUAAAGAAACUUGAGGAAUACCAAAUUGAGCUACAAAGACUGCACAAUGAGAAGAAUGACAGGCUUCAGCUUGUGGACACAUAUAUUGACACAAUCCAUGAUUUGUCCUCAACGUUAGGAAUGGAAUCCUCCAUGAUCAUAACAAAGGUGCAUCCAACUUUGAACGAAUUGUGUGGAAUAUCAAAAAAUAUAAGUGACAGUAUUCUGGCUAAACUCAAUAGCACUGUGGAAUCUCUCAAAGAAGAAAAACAAAAGCGGCUUGAGAAGCUUCAUCACCUUGGAAAAGCACUGACAAACUUGUGGAAUCUAAUGGACACACCCUAUAAAGAUCGUCACUCAUUUUCCAAUGUCACAGGCUUAUUAUCUCUCUCAUCAGCUGAAGUAUCAGAUCCUGGAAGCCUUGCUCUAAAUAUAAUCCAGCAGGCUGAAGCUGAAGUCAAGAGACUGGAUCAGCUAAAAGCUAGCAAGAUGAAAGAGCUUUUCUUCAAGAAACAGAGUGAGUUAGAUCAAAUAUGCAAUAAAUCACACAUGGAGAUCCCUUCACAACCAGACAUGGAAAAUAUAAUAAAUCUUAUAAACUCAGGGGAGAUUGACCAUGCCGAUCUCCUCAUGAGCUUGGACGAGCAGAUAUCAAGAGCAAAAGAAGAAGCUUCAAGCAGGAGGGCUAUAAUGGAAAAGGUCGAAAGGUGGACAUUAGCCCGUGAUGAAGAGCGCUGGUUGGAAGAAUAUAGCAUGGAUGAAAAUCGAUACUCAGUUCGCAGAGGUGCUCACAAGAAUCUCCGACGAGCAGAACGUGCCCGAGUAAUAGUUAACAAAAUCCCAGUUCUAGUGGCAUCGCUUGUAGCAAAGACUAAGAGUUGGGAAGAGGCAAGAAACAAAGUAUUCCUGUAUGAUGGAGUAUCUCUGCUGGCAAUGCUGGAAGAGUAUAACAUGUCAAGGCAGGAGAGAGACGAGGAGAAACAAAGACAAAGGGAAAAGAAGGUUCCAAGCCAUGUAGUAGUUGAGCAAGAAAAUUUGGUCGGGUCAAGGCCAGACACCAGUAGUCGACGUCUUUCAAACAGGAGUUUGAAUGGAGGCCUUAGCAAUGCAACCCCUUUAAACAGAAGGCUUUCUCUUGGUCUCCAACAGUUGGGAACCAACAGCAUCAAUUCUGCAAAUCAAGGAAUAUCUUACAUAAGGGAAGGAAGAAAAAUGCAAGGACAGAAGAUGUUUUCUCGACCUGAUCUCACUUCUCAUCUUCGAGAUGAAGCAGCUUCGAUUGUCUCAUCGUUUUCUGGGCCAUUAUCUCCCUGA